AUAAGCUUUGUAAUGCAAUAGUUUCACUUCAGAUUUUUAUACAUUAAUAAGAUUUUAAUAUUUUUUACAAUAAUGAAUACGUUAGGCAUAAGUUUACUAUUUAAAAGCUGUGUGUGUAUGAGAGAAUCUGUCGAGAUUUCUGGAACAAAAUAUAUAAUUCUCGAGAGAAUUGCAGUUGGUGGAUUCAGUAACAUAGAUUUGAUUCAAAAUUCUAAUACUCAUCGGAAGUAUGCUUUGAAACGAAUAACAAAUCAUUCCAAAGAAGACGAAAGGAGUGCUUUAGAGGAAAUCGAAAUUAUUAAGAAACUUUCUCCACAUCCCAAUAUUACCAAGAUUAUAGACUUUUCAUUAGAGGGUAUCGCAGAUGACCUAACGAAUCAAACAAGUCAGAUUAAUAUCGUUUUACCAUACUAUAAAAAUGGAUCGCUGGACUCUUAUCUAAGUCGUAAAGCUAAAAAUAAUGAUUAUAUAGCAGAAAGGCAAAUCCUUGCAAUGUUCUUAGGGAUAUGUGAAGGAGUUAAAGCAAUUCAUGAAAUUGGAUAUUCUCACAGAGAUUUAAAAACUGGAAAUGUAUGCUUUUCUGAUACAAUGGAGCCUGUUUUACUUGACUUUGGAUCUGCGGCUCAUGCAAGAGUAGAAAUUAAUGGUCAAUUAGAUGCGAUGAAAUUACAGGACUUGGCUGAAGAAAAAUGCAGUCUUUGUUAUCGAGCACCUGAAUUAUUUCGAGUAGAUUCCAUUGCAAUUAUCGACGAGAGAACUGACAUUUGGUCAUUAGGUUGUAUCUUAUAUGCUUUAUGUUUCUUCCAGUCACCAUAUGACGAGAUAUAUCUUAAAGGUGAUAGUGUCCCAUUAGCAGUUUUAAGUGCAAAAAUUCCAUUUCCUGAAAGUUCGCCAUAUAGUGAGGAUAUGAAGGAACUAAUUUUAUUUCAACUAAAGACGAAUCCAAUGGAAAGACCUUUUAUUUAUGGAGUUAUAGAGAAAACACAAGAUUUAAUAACAAAAUUAGAAAAUUUUGUUUGA